UGUUGGGAGCAGGUAGGUGGCCUUGGAAACAUGGCGUCGUACUGACAGCUGGGAGAUUCUCAUUAUCUUCCCCAAGCAGUGACACAGCGGCCGGGCCGUUAGCUUAGCUGUUCUUGCGCAGGAUUUUAGUCGGACAGGAGAUUUUGUUUAAAUGCAGUAAAGUCAGUGUAUGCUCGGCAGUGUUGACGGACCGACACAAUAACGGCUUUAAAUAGGAGUGUCACGCCCACUGUGUUGGCUAAUGCUAGCUUACGGCGAAUAGCUGUUAGCAUGAGCGCCGAGGAUCUGCCGGUCCGCCGUUUCAUUCAAUAACGAGCAACCGACUGUCAGGCUGAUGUAACUCGCUUGCCCGGCUGUAAGCCCUUGGUGUCGUUCUCUGUCACUAAGUUUUUAAUGUUCGACCCUGUCGGCGGCGCCGUAGGCGGGGAGAGCGAUGGGCUCCGGGGCUGUGGAUUCGUCCCAGUGGCUCUCGGUGAAGGAGGAGACCAUUUUCCUCCACGAUGGACUCAUUCGGGUCACGGAUCUGGCCGAACUGCCCAGUGAAAUCGGAGUGUCAGAGCAGGGUGACACCGAGCAAGAGAUCCUUACAUUUGAGACGAAGAACCCGGUAGAGCUUGCUGAGCGUCUCCGUGCUGUGUGUGGAAAUCAGAGCAAUGCCUAUGCACGCUUGCUGGAGUACCGUCUCAAUGCGCUGCGAGGCCUGUGGGGGGCGCAGCGGCAACUAGCCUUGGAGGAGCAGCAGGAGAGAGAAGGGACUGGAGGGGCUGAUGAAGAGACAAUAGUCUUGCUCAAAAGACAAGGUCUACUACAGCAACCUGAGCAGGCACCAUUCACCUCCCGCGUUGGCUUACUACUAGUCUUUCCCCUUCUGCAGUCGCAGACUCGGAGUGACCCAGCACUCUGUGGUAUCACAGCAGAAGUAUUGCUGGCCUGCCUGCGGGACUGCCAGCCACUGAGCCUUAGCAAAGAGCCGGCAGAUUGCCUCAACGGUCUGGAGAGCCUGCUCUGUUCCUGGUUGGAAGAUGGUAGCCAGGAAUCAGGCCAGACGCAAGGGGUGGCCCAAAAACAGAUACUCCACACACACAGACAGAGAGAGAACGCUGCUGCUGCACUUGUGGCACUUGCAUGUGCUAGGGGUUCUCUAAAAACCUUUAUCCACACUGUUCAUCUGCUACAGAAACAAAGUGAUUUGGGGCAGCUCCCUGUCUCAGAUGUCCUCUAUAGACUUUUGCUCUUGGAAGGAGGUCCAGGCUCUCCAUCCUGCCUCUUGGGGGGAAAACACAGUGUGUCUUGGGGUUUUGAGGAUAUGCUACCUACACCUGACAAUUCUGCUGGUGGAGCUGAGAGUAAAGACACAGACCUGGGCCGUUGCCUCGCUACAGAUGGGCUCUAUCUAUACACCACCAACUCCUCUGGGAGAGGACUCAGCAAGCUGGGCUCUGGUUUACAUGGGACACUGAGAGGGUUUGUAUAUUGUCGAAAUGAGGAGCUGGAGCCUGGAUGGGUGGUGUUUAGCAGUGGUCGCCUCCUUCACCGUCCUUCUUCUUUUGAUGCCAAGCCUCAUCAGUUGUGCCAGGUCAUUGACCCUUUUACCCUGCAGGUGUGCCAGAUUGUGCCCAUGCCAGCUCACCAUUUCCCAGUGGGCAGCAGCAUGACCACAAUGCACCUCUGCUCAGAUGGAACCUACCUGUACUGGGUUUGGUCUCCAGCCAGUCUGAAUGAGAAGACACAGAAAGGCCACUCCGUCUUCAUGGAUGUGUUUCUUCUGUUGACACAGACAGGUUUGUGUAUCGCAGACAUCUUGCAGGAGAGGGUUAUCCUUACUCGCAAGGAAGGCGACUCUUCCAAGUGCUUGAAUGAGCUUCUCUUAAGUCGAAUGUCACGCUUUCGGGCCUCCCAUUCUGCCACAUUAGCUGCUCUCACCGGCUCUGCUAUUACCAACACUGUCAAAGAGGAACAAUCUGCCGUCAACACUAGCUGUGGACUUCCUCUAAAGACUCUGAGAAAGACCCCAAUAUAUGUGUGUGGAACCUACCUAGUGAUGUUGGUCUCACCACCAGGUGUAUCUGGGAGCUCUGCCACACGGUCCCUUUUUGGAGGCACCAGCAGCCUGUCGUCUCUCAAAAUAUUAGCUUCUAGCUUGGUAUUUAACCUCGCUGAUGGUCAGUUCAGCAGCCGUGCAGACCUCAUCGAUGCCCCUGGCAGUUCUUUAGGGAGAGGAGCGCAGGUAGCAGGGCUGGGAGCUUGUUACGAUACCCUGAAUAAUGUAAUCUGGACCUGCUCAAGUGAUUACAUAGAUCAGUGGUACAAUCCUGGGAACCAAGCUUUUCAUCAUGUGUGCCAUCGUCUUGGUGUUAGCCACCUCAUCAACGAACCCAAAGAAGAGACUGUGACCACGGGUGAGGUAAUCAACCAGCUUCUCCAUCAUGUCGGUGCUAUGUGCAUCCAUCAACUCAACCUGCUGGCAGCUAGCAGCAAUAGCCUGCCCCUAGGAGCCUUGUUGGGUAAACAACAUCCCAUCGAAGCCCGUCACUUCAGCAGUAUCUGCGAUAUUAUGGAGAAGGCUAUGGUCAACGGAGAUACCUGCAUCAUCCGCUGCAUCUUGGUGGUGUUUCAGGUGGUGUUUAGGUUUUUCAAUCCACAGUCAGAGCAGAACAGGGAGAGUGUGCGUCAUUCAGGUUUACUCUUGUGGCAGCUCCUCAUGGCCCCCGUGGAUCAGAUUGGGGUAGAGAUUCAGAGAGAAGUGUGUCUGGCUAUUAGCUCAGGCCUAAAUAUUUUGUAUCAGGGGGAGGCUGAACUCAGCAAAUUGCUCAAGCUUGUUCUAACUGAAGGUGAUCGGAACAGCGGCCUGUCUCAACUUCGUGAUGUCAUCCUUACCAACUUGGCAGACCAACUGCAGAAGAACAGAUUUGGGAGUGAAGACGAUGAUCACUACAGGCUGGGCGAUGACCUGCUACAUUGUAUCCUUAAGACUGUAGUUCGGGAGUCCUGCCUCCUUAUUACAAAAUGUCAGACUGUUGCCAGGGAUGACUUCCAGAAGCUGCUCUCCACUGUGCCAGUUGUCUCACCUAGUCUCCGCUACCUCAUGGCUGUACAAAACCACCUGCUCAGUAACACAAUUUUAAUACGUCCAGAUGAUAAUGAUGACAGUGACAGCUCCCUACAAGGGGAAACAAUGAAGGUACAGGAACUCCAAAGCAGCAUCCUCUCCCUCGCAGCCAAGAUCCUGGUCGGAUGUGAUGAAGUGCUUGAGACCCUUCAACAAGUGACUACAGCUCUUAUUCACAGUGACAUCUCUGACAGAGAAACCAGGUUGAAAGGCUUGGAGCAGGUAACAAAGGCCACCAUGCUGGGGCACUUACUGCCCGUGUUGCUAACCACGCUGAUGCAUCCCAACUUGCAGACGCUCACUCUGGCUGAUGCCCUCAUGCCUCAGCUGGUCCAGCUUGUCCUUUAUACCAGUCAGACCGCCUUGUUAUUAAAGACUCAAACUCCGCUUUUCACUGAGGAGCUUUCAACCGUGGGUGGCUCCUUAGGACAGGGAGCGAAGGCAUGUGCUGCUGAGGACAAAAUUCUUGAUGAACGUGAGGAGCCAGGAUUCUUAACUGGAUUAAAGAUCCCUGCCCCGUGGGCUGCUGGGAAGACGGUGGAGACAGUGCACCCUGUGCGAGACAAUUACAAAUUCAAAGAGACUGUACACAUCCCAGGAGCUCGCUGUUUGUACCUUCGCUUUGACUCUCGCUGUUCUUCACAGUAUGACUAUGACAAGUUGGUUAUCUAUGCUGGCCCCAACACCAACAGCCGUAAAGUCACAGAAUAUGGAGGAAACACUCUGGGAUAUGGCAGUCGUAGCGUGCUGGGAACAGGAUGGCCCAAAGACCUCGUCAAGGUUGAGGGUGAUACUGUGACCUUUUCCUUUGAGAUGAGGAGCGGACGUGAGCACAACACUCCUGAUAAAGCCAUGUGGGGGUUUGCCUGUACAGUCAGAGCGCAGGAGUCAUCUGAAGACAUUUCUGGAGGCCUCCCCUUUCUGGCAGACCUUGCACUUGGUCUGUCUGUGCUUGCCUGCUCAAUGCUCCGCAUCCUAUAUAAUGGGCCAGAGGUAACGAGGGAAGAGGAAGCCUGUCAGGAUUUGCUCUGCUCAAAGCUGCUGCAAAGGUGUCAGUGGCAGGUGGAAGCAAACGGUGCCAUCUCUCCUGCCCUCACACCCAGCCCUUCACCUCUCCCUCUCACUAUUGAUGAGGAUCGGGAGUUCACUUACCCCUCCGACGUGCUCAUCCCACCUCCAGGCCUAAUCUCAGGGACCUACUUUGACUUGCCUCGUAUCCGCCUGCCUCCAGGUAUCAUGGGUAGGCUACGAGAGGUGUCUGGAAGAGCUCGACCACAGUUUCGUCCUAGCAUCAAGGAGGUGAUCAGGCCAGAUGUAAUGGAGGAGGUUAUAGUCUCAUGUGUCAUAAAACAUCUAAGCUUAGUGGAUGCCCUUCAGUCACUGGUGAACUAUCAGUACCGUGAGGACCACACCGAGGAGUAUGACCUCGUGUGUAAGAUCAUGGCUGAGACCUUCAAGAAGAUCAGUGCAAUGGAGCGUCAGCUGCAGAGUGUAGCAGAACUGGAACAGAAGUGGCAGAAUGAGGUAGAGGAGGCCCAGCUGGGAAAGCUGGAAAACAACACUCCAUUCUUUCACGACUACCAUUUCUUUGAGAACAAGAUUAAGGAGCUGGAAUUGCUUUGCUCGUUGAAAGAAAUCCCACUUGACUUCAGUGAUUUGGAAAAUGUUGUCCUUGCACUGAGGGAGAAGUUUUUUCAGGAAGUAAACACAAUGCAUGCAAAAAGUGGCACCUCGCUGCCCAAAACUAAAGCGCUGGUGAAGAGUCUGAUUAACCGCACUGAGUUGCUGCUCCAUGUUACCAUUGCUCCACACUGCAGGAGCCUGAGCGCUACACCUGCUGGCACACCAGGCCCAGCUUCCAAAUCUGUGUCAGACACCAAGACAGUGAUGCCUAUGGUCAAGCAACCAGUCUUCCUACGCAGCAUGUCUGCUCCCUCUGAUUUGGAGAUGAUUGCAAACCAGGAUUUGGAGUUUACACAUGCUCCCCAAAGGAGGAGGCACCACCCCACCAGUCAUCGCAGUAGCUCAUUUACACUGCUGCAGUCACUGGCCAUAGAGGACAGCCGCGACAAGCCGACGUACAGCGUGCUGCUGGGCCAGCUCUUUGCUUUUAUUGGGACUACACCUGAUCAGGCUGUGUCGAGCAGCAGUUUCCUGUCUGCUGCACAAACACGUUGGCGACGCGGCAGCACUCGGAAGCAGGCGCUUGUUCAUAUGAGGGAGUUACUCACUGCUGCUGUGAGAGUGGGUGGGGUCACACACCUGGUGGGGCCUGUCACGAUGGUGUUGCAGGGGGGCCCAAGGAUUGAGGAGCUGACCUGUGGUGGAAUGGUAGAGCAAGUGCAGGAGGCUUUUGGGGAAACGAUGACUUCAGUAGUUUCACUGUGUGCUCGCUACCCUAUUGCAUGUGCCAAUAGUAUAGGCUUGCUUUGCACAAUCCCCUACACGAGGAGCGAGGAGCAGUGCCUAGUCCGCAGUGGUCUAGUCCAGCUUAUGGACAGCCUUUGUAGUCUAAGUGGUCAGAGGGAAUGUGGUUCGAAUGAGAAGCAGACAAAAAAGCAGAAAGUUGCCACCAUGGCUUGGGCUGCUUUCCAAGUGCUCGCCAACCGCUGUAUCGAGUGGGAGAAGGUGGAAGGUGGUUCUACAGAUGCGGUGCACUCUGGUCUGGCACGCCAGGUCUCCAGCUUGCUGACCAAUCAUCUGGCCAGAGCUACAGAGUGCUGUGGCAAUCAGGCAGCUGGAAACGAUGCCUUACAGGAUGUGCUCAGUCUGCUCAAUGACCUUUCUAGGAGCCACAUAGGUAAAGCAAUCCUGAGCCAACCAGCCUGCGUUUCUAAACUCUUGUCUCUGCUGCUGGACCAGAGGCCCUCCCCAAAGCUUGUACUUAUCAUCCUGCAGCUUUGCCGCGCUGCCCUGCCUCUCAUGAGUGUGGAGGACUGUGGUAACGUGGCCCUGCCAUCGUGGAGCUACUCUAUUAACACACUAGAUGCUGAUCAGCAGGAGGCCACUGACCCUGCCUCACGUAUUGCUGCUUUGCUAUUAGCCAAGCUGGCAGACUAUGUUGUCCCAGGCUGCCAGACACUGCUUUCCCCGAGCUCCUCUGAGCCAGACACUAGUCUUUCUCGUGCCAGUUCCAAAGGAGCUUUGAAAUCUGAGGAAAUUGGGGAGGAAGGAGAGGCAGUUGAUGGCAAGCUAUCAAUCUUUAUUCAUAAGAGAGAGGACCAGUCAUCCCAUGAGGUUCUUCAACCACUUCUCAGCAGCUCAGAGGGACGCCCUUUUCGGCUUGGCACUGGAGCGAACAUGGAAAAGGUGGUAAAGAUGGACAGAGACAUGACUAAGAGUGGGAGCUGUGAAGUUAUCACAGAGGAGGCCUCUGCAGCUUUGAGGAAGGCCAACAAGUGGGCACAGUCUGGCCUGAUCGUGAGUAUUGGUCCACCUGUGGAGACACUGGCCCAGGAGACUGCAGGAGGCAUCACCACUGGUGACAAGAAGAAAACUGCUCAGACCACUGUUUGUAGGGACAGGAAUUCUGAGCUGGCCAGGUCAGACCCCAUCAGGCCAUUCAUUAGUGGCCAUGUUGCCAACAGUAUGGCUGCUGAAGUUAUUGCUCUGCUGCAUAGCCUGCUCACUGCCCCAGAGUCCAACACUGCUCAGAUCUGGACAAGCACUGCUGAAAAAGUGCUCUCCCGGGCACUAAUGUUUAUCCCACAGCUGGGAAAGUAUGCGGAAAGCAUCCUGGAGAAUGGGAGCAGCAGUGGCAGGAAACUGGCUAAACUGCAGGCCAUUGGAAGGCAGGCUGUUGCUGCGCUUUGUGCCCUUGGAGGCUUCAAAGAAGCUAUUAAGAUUGGCUCUGAGGUCCAGGUUAUAGGGAAAGGAGUGCUGGGCAGUGUGGGCGUGGUUAUGUCCAUCAAUGAACAGGAGGGCAUUGCUACAGUCAAAUUCCCUUCUUGUGAGUACAGAAGAGCUUGUAAAGCUUCAGACAUUCUGACAGUACCUAUAUCGCGCCUCUGCACGCCCAGAUCUGAGGCUCUUCCUCUGUAUAAACUGUCAAUCACAGAGAAGGUAGUGCAAGCAGUGCAAUCCAUGCUUCUGCCACAGGAGGGCAGCCUCUCCAUUCACACCUCUCUACCAGCUACUGGAGAUGGUUCAAGCCCAGUAAUGGCUGCGGUUCGCUUGCUGGCUGAAAUCAGAACCAGGGCAUGCCUGGUGAUGGCCCAGCUCUUGGAGGAUAGUUCCUUCUGUGAAGAGUUCAUCCAGCAGUGCCCUGCAGCUGUUGAAGUGCUCAACUUAGUUGCCCAAGAAUGUAGUCCUGGGGAGCGUCUUGGCAUGGUCGAGGCUCAGUGUGAAAGGCUGAGAAUGCUGUACCGGGAUUGCGCUCGCCCACCACCUCCACCACUGCAGACAGACAGACGUCAGCCCAAAGAAAUCACCUGGUGUCCAUCCAGAGUGUUCCCUCCUGUUCGUGCCUGCAUGUUCUCAUCUCGCCUAACCUCCGUCACCUUCUUGGCUGAUCCCAGUGCUGGUGGAGGGCUGCCCAGGGGCACCUUUAUCUAUGCCACUUCUCCUCUCCCCAUUCAGGCCCCAUCCUUUUACUGGGAAAUAGAAAUUGUCUCCUAUGGGGACUCUGAGGAGGACAGUGGUCCCAUUGUGUCCUUUGGUUUUGCCACUGAGGCAGAGAAGAGAGACGGGGCUUGGACCAACCCUGUUGGCACGUGUCUCUUUCAUAAUAAUGGCAGGGCAGUGCAUUAUAAUGGAUCCAGUCUGCUCCAGUGGAAGAGUGUCCGGUUGGAUGUGGCGCUCCUUCCAGGUGACGUGGCUGGAAUUGGGUGGGAGCGUUCUGAGGGUACCCCACCACCCCCUGGUCAGGCCCCUAAAGGCAGGGUCUACUUCACCUACUGUGGUCAGCGACUCUGUCCCAUUCUUGAGGAUGUAGCUGGUGGAAUGUGGCCCCUGGUCCACAUUCAAAAGAAGAACUCAAAAAUCCAUGCCAACUUUGGAAAUCGUCCAUUUGCGUACGCAGAAGGCCAAGCGCACAGGAAUGCUGCUGACUUGUGUGUAGACCUUGCAGAAGAAAUCAGUGCUAAUUUUGAAGCACUGCCCUUUGCAAUGGCCUCAGACAGUGAUAAUGACGCUGGGGCAAGCGUCACCUCUGACUCGGGCUCUCACGGACCGCCGUGUCGCAUAGCGGCUGUGGCAGUUGCACAGCAACAGUACAACAGUGACCAGUCAUGCCAUUACAAGUCGGAGCUGAGCUACGAGAACCUGGUCACCUCUGGGCCUGAUCCUCAUCCUCCACCAAUCGCAGAUGAUGAGAGUGAUGAUGAGGAUGAUGAUGAUGUCCCCAGAGAGGACCAUUAUGCUUUGCUGGUAAAGGCCUGGGAAACCAAAGUGUUUCCGACCAUUCGUAGGCGGUUCCGUAAUGAAGCUGAAAGGAAAUCAGGCCUGGACCAAAUCAAAGGAGCUCUGCAGUUAGGAAUGGUUGACAUUGCAAGACAGACAGUGGAGUUCCUCUAUGAAGAGAAUGGUGGCAUUCCACGUGACCUCUAUCUUCCUACCAUUGAAGAUAUUAAAGAUGAAGCCAACAAGUUCACUAUUGAUAAAGUUCGCAAAGGCCUGACUGUUGUUAUCCGCUGUCCGGACAGCAACAAUACCAGCAGCACUACAGGAGGAACUGCUCUACCAAAGUUUGCGAUCCGGGGCAUGUUGAAGACCUUUGGCUUACAUGGGGUGGUGCUGGAUGUGGACUCUGUGAAUGAGCUGGUGCAAGUGGAGACCUACCUGCGCAGUGAGGGGGUACUGGUGAGGUACUGGUACCCUAUUGAAGUGCUGGAACGCCCUCCUGCAGGAUCUCGUCGUACUGCAGCUAAUGGUUUGGUCUCUCUGGACAGCAGCAAUAUUCAAAUUCAUAGGGAACUGCUUCGUUGUGAAAGUGCACUGGCUCGAUUAUAUUGCCGUAUGGCUUUGCUCAACAUCUUUGCGCCUAAGAAUCCCCACACCUUUACGCGUCUCUUCCACAUUCCGGCUAUUCGUGAUAUUACACUGGAGCACCUACAGCUCCUGUCAAAUCAGUUACUGGCUCCACCCCUCCCUGAUGGCACCAUCAGCUCCAGUUCCAUUCUUCUGGCCCAGUCCGUGCUUCAUAACCUUCAUACACAAAGCUGCUCUCCCACGGACCUUUUCUACCAAGGCAAUGCUCAGCCCAUCUGGGAGUGGCUGACUGUGGCCAUCACACGUGCCUUGCAUCAAGGAGAAGAAAGCCUACUGGAGCUCACCAAGCAGAUCUGCUGCUUCCUUCAGAAUGCACCUGAUCAGUUUACAUCCGAAGAGUUUCCUGUGACAGAGUCAAAGGUUAGCAUGGAUGUCAGCUUUCCAGGUGCUGCGUUUGUGAUCGUGUCCUGCAAAGAGAGCCAACUAGGCUGCCGCAAAGAUUCAAGUCUGUACAAAGCUCCCUGGGCACGAGUCAUGGUGUAUGGCCUUGGCCACAAAGUGCGUAGAAAUGGCCAGCUAAAUUUAAUGGAGUCAGUGUGCUAUCCUCUAGAUGCUUCACCCACGAACACAGGACUCACACCACCUCCCACCACCAACCAAUACCCCUCAGUUAUCAUCCCCACAGACAAGGUGCACAUUAAACUGGGAGUGUCACCCCCUCCUGGUGCUGUAUUGGUGCUGCACUCCUUGCCACUGGAAUUCCCUUUAGCCAUGGCAUUUGCUGAGCAGCUAUUAACAUGGAAACAUGGGGAGAGCAGUGAGCGAUCAGAAGAUGAACUGGACAAUGUGCCCCCAUCUGUGCUACUGCAAGUUGUAGAACUUCUAGGUGGUUUACUUUGGAUAACUGAUCUGGCACCGUGCAUCAAAGAACUCAUCUUCCACUUAUUAGCUGAGCUUUUGCGGAAGAUCCACCAUUUGGAGCAGCGGAAGAGCCCUGCAGGUCUCUCCAGCUCCAUCGCUCUACUGCUUAACCCCUGCCUCGCAGUUCUUAUGGCUCUCCAAACAGAGCUCCGUAAGCUAUAUGAUCGGGAGACUCAGGGAUGGACAGCCGGAGGUGCUGGUGUCGGGGGGUCUUCGUCUGGUGGCAUUGCCUUAGCUCUGGGAACGGAGCAGAGCCGAUUCUCUACCUACUUUCAUGCCCUAUUGGAAGUUUGUUUGGCUGUGGCAGAGGUGACUCUUCCCCUUAAUGUUGGUGGUUCCACAGUGGGUGCCCUGUCUUCCACCAGUGCCCCUAAUCUUAGUGACUCUUCCUCAUCUUCAUCAUCAUCCCCAGGCCAAACACCCCAGAGCCCCAGACUGCUGUCCAAGCGCAAGAAGGUUAAGAUGAAGCGUGAGAGAGCAGCCGCAGCAGUAGCAGCUGCAGUCUCUGGAAAACGGGGAAGCGGAGGCACCCGCUUAUCAGAGAGUGACAGUGCCCUGCUGAACAUGGCAGGUAGUAAACCCGAGGACAUGCUCUGGUUUCACCGCUGCCUCACUCUCUUAAUGAUCCUACGACAUCUUGCUAAUAAGGACCCUCAAGGCUUAAGUGUGACUAGCGAUGCGGUGACAGAUGCCUGCCAGGCCUUAGUGGGUCCCACUGCGCACAGUCGUCUGUUAGUGCUUUCAGGCAUCCCCACACAUCUAGAGGAAGCCGUGGUUAGAAAUGCUAUUCGCAGGGCUUGCAACGCUCAUGGAGGGCUUUUCAAAGAUGAGGUUUUCAUUCCUGUGCAGGAAGAGGACCCUAAGAAGCCCAAGGUGUCUAGUCCUCAGGAUGGGAAAGUAAGUACUGAGCCUGAACGUCCCUUCACCAAUAGUGGAGGUCCUGAGAGUCCUGACAGCUCCAGCAGUGUAACUCCUGCAAUGAGUGUGAGUGCCUCAGCCUCUACUAGUCAAACCUCUAUCUGUAGCUCCUCUCAAGGAGUCUCCCGAACUGCCAGUGAGCUUUCUGUUGACCAGGAAUUGCUGUCUGUUCCACCUCUCACCCCUGCUGCUGCAGCUUCUGCUGUUACCUACCCUCAACAGGGCCCCCAAGACCCACAGACUGUUUCUAGUCAGGAGAGUCUAGAUAUUUCUCUGUGUAGUACUGGCAGCCUGGGGAGUCUUGGCAGCUUGGGGGAGCCUCUCGAAAAUACAGAAACACUGUCAGUGUCAGAGGGCGGCUCUGUGCACACGGUCACCUCAUUGGAUAGCAGUGCAGUCAUCCCCCGACCCAUCAAAGGCUAUGCUGUCAUUGAGGUUCGUUCUAGAGCAAAAGUGGAGAAAAUCCGUGCUAGUCUGUUCAACAGCAGUGACCUGAUUGGUUUGUCCAGUCUGGAAGGUGAAGAGGAAUUAAUGGAGCUAACAAAUGAGGAGAUCCUUACAGCCUCAAGCGUUAACCAAAGCCUCUUUGACACACAGGGAAGCUCUGCUCUUGAAGAUUAUUUUCUGGACAAGUCCAUCAGAGGGGAGAAGCUUGUACCUGGAGCACGAGAUGUCCUCACAGACAUUUUUAAGAGUUGUGUGCACUCAGAACAGAUGCUGAGCCUAACGCCAGCAAAGCCAAUAAAAGUAUCAGACAUUUACCUCAGCAAGGAGCAGAUCAAUUCUCAGACACCUGGCAAUCUACUGCAUACGUUUUUCACCAAUGUUCGACCACCAAAGAAAAUGCUCGAGGACCAACUUACUCAGAUUCUUCGAAAGUAUGGCACUUCCAAGCCGAAUAAGAACAAGUAUAGCAAGGCAGGUAAAGAACAGCACCAAGGCAAGGUAGUGAGCACAAAGAGGGCCAUCACCAAACCACCUACUAAGGAAAAGUCUGUGCUCAAUAGCGUCAGGACAGCACUGAGUGAGAAGAAGGCAGUUCUGAAGCCAAAAUCUCCUGAGAAAUCUAAACCUGAUGAGAAAGAUGUUGAAAAAUCUCCUGCGAAGAAACCAGAAGUCCCAGAGGAGAGAUACUUGACACUCGACGGUUUCCACAAAUUUGCUGUUGAUCGUGCCAAGCAGGAUGUCCGUAGCCUCUGGAGGGCAAUAUUGGCUUGUGGUUAUGACCUUCACUUUGAAAGGUGCACCUGCAUAGACACUCGUCAUGCCCAGAAAGCCAGUAGAAAGUGGAGUUUGGAAAUGGAUGUGGCAUUGGUCCAGCACAUCAACAGGCUGUGUCGUCACCUGGCUAUCACACCAGCCAGACUGCACCCCCACGAAGUGUACCUGGACCCCAGUGAUGCUGCUGAUCCCCGCGUGGCCUGUCUGCUCAAUGUGCCUGUGGAGAGCCUGCGUUUGCGCUUUGCUCUGCUGCAGUCCCUCAACAACACCCUGGAGAGUUUCUUCCUGCCAUUAGUGGAGCUUAAAUGGACACAUACCUACCAGAACAGCAUUGCAGCACUGUUGUGUGAGGCCAAAGGCCUGAUCUUCUAUGAUACCAAGGUCACUGUAAUGAACAGAGUACUGAACGCUACAGUACAACGGACAGCUGACCAUGCUGCUCCAGAGAUUACUCUGGACCCUUUAGAGAUUGUAGGAGGUGAGAUCCGAUCAUCAGAGAACACUUAUUUUUGCCAAGCGGCACGUCAGCUGUCCUGUGUUCCAUCAUCCCAGCUUUGUGUGAAACUGGCCAGUGGAGGAGAUCCAACCUAUGCUUUCAACAUCCGCUUCACUGGGGAGGAAGUUCAUGGCACAAGUGGCUCCUUUAGACACUUUCUGUGGCAGGUGUGCAAGGAGUUACAGAGUUCAGCACUUUCCCUGUUACUGCCGUGCCCCAGUGCUGCAGCCAACCGUAACAAGGGGAAGUACAUCCUGACGCCUUGUCCUAUCAGCUAUGCAGAGGAACAGCUGCUGCACUUCUUUGGCCAGCUGCUUGGCAUAGCCAUCCGUGCAGAUGUGCCACUUCCUUUGGAUCUACUCAGCUCUUUUUGGAAAGUUUUUGUGGGCGAGUCACUUGACCCAGAGCAUGACCUGCAGGAAGCUGACUUGCUCACAUACAACUACGUCAAGAAGUUGGAGAAUGUGACUGAUGAGGCUGAGUUGGAGACGCUGUGUGCUGAGAUGUCCUCCCAGCAUCAUUCAGGAGAAAGCCCCGACUCCCCCAGUCGGCCCUGCUGCACCUUCACCUACAUGACUAUGACUGGUGAUGAGGUGGAGCUUUGUCAGGGAGGUCGAAACCUCACUGUUAGCUGGGAGAAUAAGGAUGUGUAUGCACGGGCAGUGCGGAGUCUUCGCCUCAGGGAGCUGCAGAACUUGGAGUGUAUGACAGCCGUGCGCGCCGGCCUCGGCUCCAUCAUCCCCCUGCAGCUGCUCACCAUGCUCAGUCCGGUGGAGGUGGAGCUGCGCACCUGUGGCUUGCCGUAUAUCAACCUGGAGUUCCUCAAGGCUCACACGAUGUAUCAGGUGGGUCUUAUGGAGACAGACCAACACAUCGAGUUCUUCUGGACUGCCCUGGAGAUGUUUACUCAAGAGGAGCUGUGCAAGUUCAUAAAGUUUGCCUGCAAUCAAGAACGUAUCCCGUUCACUUGCCCCUGCAAGGACGGGGGACCUGACACUGCCCACGUCCCCCCUUACCCCAUGAAGAUCGCCCCUCCUGACGGAGCAGCAGGUCAGCCAGACUUGCGCUACAUUCGUGUGGAGACGUGUAUGUUCAUGGUGAAGCUGCCUCAGUACACAUCUUUGGAUGUGAUGCUGGAGAAACUGCGUUACGCUAUCCAUUACCGUGAGGACCCACUCAGCGGCUAAGAUCCUCGAACCCCGUCAGUCCUGGACCAGUCUCUGAUCGAGUUUCCUCUGCUGCAUCAAGAAAACUGCAGCAUUUUUUUUUCUUUGUCUUUUACUGCUUUGAAUGUUUAUUUGUGCUGCUUCUUCUUCUUUUUUGAUUGCAGUACACAAAAAUUUGACAUUUCAUGCUUAUAUCUGCAAGUUUUUUUGUUGUUAAGGAAUUCAGGGAAGUUUAUCUAAACUAGCACUGACACAGCUGACAAGUGUCUGUUCUGUUUGCACUGAUUUCUGACGAAGGCAUCGACGUGAAGCGGCUGAGACAGUUUUUCUUGACCUCUUUUCUUCUUCUUUUUCAGAGGGUUCACUUCUUGCCAUCUCUCAGUUGAGAGUUUCAAGGUUCAGUCACAUUAUCUGAAUUUAGCAGCUUAAACAGGAUGACAUCAGAUCUGCACUUUACCAUGCCUCCUUUCUGCUGAAACUGCUUGGGACUGCGUUCCCAUUACCUGAACAAACGGUGUGUUCCCAAAAACUGAGUGUGGAAUUAUUUGUUCACUAUUUGCACAUUAAACCAGCUUUUGUUUUUUUGUUUUUUUUACUUUAUAUUUUCAUUGUGAAGUUUCCAUCGUAUGCUGUUUCUCUGCUGAUUUGUAUUUGCCACUUUGCAUUUUCAGCCCUGGAGCCGUGGCUCCUGCAAACAACUCUUCUCUUUCCUCCCGACAUGUGACAGUAUGAUUCUGAGAGUCCUUAUGCAGCAGGUUUCUGAAGGUGAAAACUAAAGCAGCAGGGGAACGCUUUAUUUUUGUGGCCGAGCACCAGGGGUUUUCGUGGUGGAAGCGGUCUGAUCGGUAAAAUACAAAUGGCUUGACAGCAAACAUAGUUUUUGGACUUUGUGUUGCUUUGCAGAUUGACGCUUUAAUGCUAAAGCCAAAUGCCUCCUGUCUCCACCUUGGAGGAGGUGACUUUGGGAAAUGUGCGUUUUUGGUGUAGUAGUUUGUGUCCAGACCCGAGUUGAUGUGAAAUCAGUUGACUCUUCUGAUUCACAGACUGAUCGGGUUUCAAUAUGAUACGAAAGGACUUCAGUACGACUACUAUUGGAGAAAAGCAACAUGUGACGCGGCCUGUUCACUAGGUCAAGCUGCGAGCGAGUGCCUGCUUAAAAACUAAUGCCUAUAUCAACAUUUUAUCCAAGUCUCUGAUUAGACGGUAUUUAAUUCAUUCAAGGCAUCAUAUUAAUCUUACAUUUAAUCAAGUUGAUUUUUCAUGACCUGAGUCUGUGUACUUGAGCUCCAUGUUUUCGGUUGUUCAAUCCUGUGUUGCAUUCUGAUUUGGGAAGGUGACGGCGUUCUCAUGGCCGCUCUUCUCCACAUUGUGCUACAGAUCUCCCCUCUACUCCCCAACAUCCAAACUCCAGGCCAACACCCAGGGAGGGCCAGCGGAUUAUCUCGACCUCUGCCUUUUCACGUUUUCUUGAAUGAACGAGGAACAGGAUUCUGAUGUUUUGUUUGUUCAUUUUCCUUAUAACCAAAUGUUUAUCUAUGUACAAAUGAAAAAAAAAAAGUGUAAAUAGGUUUGUUUGUUUGACAGUUUUAAUUGCUGAUUUAUUUUGAUUUUGUUUUUGCUGUGCACUAUUCUGUAAGAAAAGAUGCUGAUAUGAGGCAGACUAGGUGAUGUUUGAAUAUUCAGUUUGUGUUCAUAUUUUUAUGAACUUUGGACAAACCUUUUUGUUUUUUGUUUUUAUCCACACAGAUUCAGUUCUUUCUGCUCGUGGUGAACCAUUCUGUUAAGAGUAAAAUUCGGAUUUUACUGGGACAGAAGUGAAACAGCAGAGAUGAAAUUUGACACGCAUUCGAUUGUUGAAUCUCUUGUUUUGGUUUUGUUUCUGUUCGUUUGAAGGUAAACCGCUGCUAAUAGGGACAUUCUGUACUUUGUCCUUUAGGGAAAUGGCCGCGAAAAAGGACAAGUCCAUACAAAGAGGUGUUGCUAUAAAUUGUGUGCUGUACAUUUACUUGAUAUUUAUUACAAUUAUUUAUGGUUGCAUUAACUUUUACUGUCUUACCUCUGCACAUCAGAAAAUUAACAUAUCUAAAAUGGAUUAUACAGAUGUAAAGAUUCAGAUGGCAUUUGAGAUUUGUGUCACAAUAAAGACGAAUUUUCCGUCAUGUACAAAUUUAA